AGAAAAAAUGUAAACAAGACCAUGUCAACGAAUACAUCAUAAAGCGGAACUAAACUCAUGCUGUCUUGUUGAACUACGAGUAAAAUAUGACGUUGCACCAGGGAGCAGCUGUGAUCUGGGUUCAAUAGUAUCGUAGUUCCUGACUGAGAAAAGUGGAUUUCAGAGGGUUUGUGUGUGUCGAAUUAUAGUCUAUCGCCCUUUUGGAGAUUUUAUUUAUAUAAAUUACUAAUAAUUUCGUACUUACUGUUUUGGGGUCGCGCUCGUUGAUAAAUGAUUGAUAUUUUACGAACUAACCCACAAAGCUAACCCCCGUCACAAUAGUACGUCUGUGAAAACGCUCCCCGGUUUAACCUGUUCAAAUCGUACAGGGAUUUGAGAACAUCUUAAAGAUUAUGACGAGUUUACGCAGCAAGGUGUUAUGCCAAGCCGAGAGGAUAUGUAGCAACCUCCCCGUCUUCCUCAACACCUUCCUGGUUUUCUCCAUCACCGGGGAGGUGAGUUACCUGGUGCUGGUGGAGGCUCCGCUGGAGGCUGAGCAGCAGAAGUCUGAAUGGUCUGGCUGGUGGAAGGCAGUUCACCUGCUGAGCCAGUACUUCAUGCUGGGGAACAUCUGCUGGAACGCGCUCCUCUUCGUCAAAACCAACCCCAGCAUCAAAGGAGUGUUCCUGGGAGGAGAUGGUUUGGGUCAGGGGUGGAGGUACUGUUACUCCUGCGAGACACACACUCCUCCACGGUGCUCCCACUGCUUUGACUGUAAGGUCUGCGUGCUGCGGCGGGAUCACCACUGCGUCUUCUUUGGUCAGUGCGUGGGAUUCCGCAAUUACCGCUACUUCCUGAGCUGCCUGCUAUUCAUGUGGUCAGGGCUGUUGUACGCCAUGGUGAUGAAUGCGGAGGUCUUCAUGGUCAUACUGAAGGAGGGUGUGACGCUGCACAGCAUCUUGCUGCUACUUGUCCCUUGGAUCAUGCUUGUAUCAG